GCAGCUCAGCGGUCUUGGCGGCGACACGCCCCCGUCGCCACCGCGUGCUUCCGCACAACAGCGGGUCAGCUGACCGGGACGGCACGCGGAAGCUGCAACGUGAAAGUGAAGCGAGCACGGGCCACUGGACCUCCAAAGUAAACGAUCUACGUCCACAGACUCCUCCACGUUGAUGCGCGUCAUCGCCGCGUCCUUCGCCGCCUCGGACACUCUCACGCACUUCAUCCGGCAGCUCGGGCAGCGGCUGUCAGCCCCGCGAGCGCUAUGGUGGACACCGAGCCGCUGGUUGCUUUGAAUGGGACGCAAAUUUCAUACAUCGGACACGACUGUAAGGAAAUUCCAGGCUUCCUUGGAGAGAUGUACGGUCAGUUUGCCAAAAGGCUGGAUCUGAGCUUCAAUCAGCUCAGGUCACUGGCGGGCCUCAAAGCGUUCACCGGGCUGGAAGAGCUGGUCGUCGACAACAAUCUGCUUGGAAAUGACCUACGGUUGCCUGCGCUACCCAGGCUCCACACCCUCACACUCAAUAAGAACCAGCUGACUGACAUCGAGGCCCUGCUGGAACACUUGGCUGACGCGACCCCGUCACUGAGGUACCUAAGCCUGCUGGGAAACGAGGCCUGCCCCAACCAGCUGGUCAGCCCGGAUAAGGACGAGGACGACUACCAGAGAUACAGCCCCAUAGCGAGCCUGGAACCGAGGGCGACCCGCUACCCUACACUCCUCUGCCCCGAGGAUCCAAAGACGCCAGGAACCACAAAGGAUGAACGGACAUUCAAGAACCGAGCCAUCAGAUUCGGUCGCCAUCAAACUACAUCACGUCUGCUUAUGAAGUGUCUUUGUAACCACAUGCUGUGAUUGUCCAGUGCGGUAUGAACUCCUGUAAUACUCCUACUUUGUAAAGAAUACAGCUCUGUACAGUAUAUGAGACUAAUGGACUUAAAUCCGCUUGUUUGCUUGUUUGUUUGUGUUUUCGUAUGUGCCUGUUGACACGCAAACAAAAGCUAUACUGAGUUCGUCCAGUCGACACCAUUAGCAAGUGUUAACACGUGACCUUUGGCAGUGGCAGACAACCGCUCCGCAGCGCUUCACUCAUCCUCUGCAGCUGCACUGGUGAGCUAAGGAUUUGGCCACUUGGACGACGCAGACGAGCAGUAGGACUAGAUACUGGAUAAAUCAUGAUAAAACUGUGUGCCGGUGGGAUUCGCCGUUUGACCCCGACAUGCAAAGUCUCAAGGCUAGCCAGAUGUUCGCUCGGUGCCCUUUGGUCCUGUGUGAUUCUGGUUAAAACAGCCAGCGCGAUUAUAAUUUUCCCCUCUGCGUUUUAUGCCUAUGGUAAAAAAAAAGUCCCGUUUGAAAGACUGCGUUGUUGUGUAUAUAUAUAUAUACACCUACUUCAGAGUCAAUGUGUGGCCCGUGCUAUUGUUUAGCUUCAUGCAGCGGGCAGUAGAUUGUAAUACUGUAGCAGCGCUGAUAACCUUGGGAGAGAUGCAAUAACACAGCCAUGGGCAUCUGUCCUUCCUUCCAUCUCUAACCUGCUGUGACAUUUCGCCUGAGUAACAGCUCAAGCUACAGGACUAACAGCUCAUUUGCACUUUUUAUUCAACACUGGAAGGCAAGUAACAUCUUUUUGGUUAUUGUACAGUUUUAGAAAUUGCCUCUUUGGUCAACUCGUAUUGUGAUGUGCGGUUAGCCAUUAGACUACAGUCCUGCCGACAAAUACAAUGAACAAAUCACGGAUAUUAGAUCUGUGAUGUGCAGUCGAUAAUAUUUGGCUUCAUUAAUUCCAAUGCCCUGAGAUGACAUCCAGCCCCUAUUAGGUUUGAAAUCUCAUCCCCUUCUCCUCUAUACCUCAGCUGUGGCUCAACCAAGCAGCCAAGCAGAUAAUACGCUGUGAGCUCUGAAACAUGUACCAUUAUAAUUAGCUUUGUCAGGUCCUAGCCCCUACAACCCUCAUGCAGAUAAUAUGAUAAUAUGUCUUCAUAACCGGCUGACCUUACAUGCUCAAUAUUUCUCCCCUUAUGAAGAUUACAUGUCAAUAAAGUAAUUGAGUCCCGGGGUGUGUGGCAAGUGAAGAUUUAGGUUAUUGGACUUUUCGGGGCAGUGAUAUACGAGCGUUAUUAUUCUACCUGUCAGGAGAUGUGCAGGGGCUGAGGACAGUCCGAGA